AUGACUCCCUCAUCCCGUGUAUCAGGGGCGGCGGAGCUCGACUGGGCGGCCAAGGCGCGGCUUUGGGCGGAGCAGCGGGCGGCGCAGGAAGCGGCGGACGCAACAGCGGCGGCAGCUGCGGCGGCAGCUGCGGCGGCAAAUAAAGAGGCAGCAGAUAACGAGGACAAGGAACCGUCGAAGCAGGAUACUGUAGCAGCGGAUGCGGCGGCGGCGACGGUGGCGCCGGGUACGCAACAGCAGGAUGUGGGUGGGGGAGUGGGGGGAGGCGGAUACGGGGGGUAUGUCGCUGCUGACGGGACGUAUGUGGGUGGUGGGUAUGGCGGUGCUGCUGCUAUGGUCGGAAGCUCAGGGGCAGAACAGCAGCAGCAGCAGCAACAGCAACAGCAGCAGCAAGAGCAGCAGCAGUACUAUCAGCAGCAUUACCAGCAAUAUUAUUACCCACCUGAAAUGCACCAGCAACAUCAGCAGCAGCAGCAGCAGCAGCAGCAGCAGCAGCAGCAGCAGCAAAUGUACAUGUACCCACCUCCGCCUCCUUCCCACGGCCCUCCUCUCCCUCCCCACACUCAUCCCCCCGAUCCCGCGUCGUUCUACCCCCCGCAAUACCCCCCUCCCCCAAUGCAGUAUCCCCCUCCGCCCCCGCAAUUCCCCCCUACUGGCCCCACUGGCACUUACAACGGAGUGUACUCGGGAUAUGGGGAUGCCAAUGCGCCUGACGCAGCAGCAGCAGCAGCAGCAGCAGCAGCAGCAGCAGCAGCAGCAGCAGCAGCAGCGGCAGCAGCGGCGGCAUCAGCAUCAGCAGGAGCGGCAGCAGCAGGCGGGUUUCCCCCCCAGCACGCUCACGAGCAGCACUACCAGCGCCUGCCCCUGCCACCGCCCCCUCCGCCGCUCCUCUCCGCCCCGCCCCCCGCGCACGCCUCCUCUCUCCCCCCUCCGCCCGGCCCGCCGCCAGCAGCAGGGUCGGCAGCAGCGUACGCGCCGCCAGCCAAUCAGGCAGCAGACAUGUCCGUGCUCUCACCAGCGGUGCUGGCGGCUGCACAGGCGGCAGCAGCGUCUGCAGGAAUGUACUUUGACCCUUCCGUUUAUGACAUGGGAGGGGGUGGCUCUGUCACUCCUGGCGCCAAACCGAAAAAGGUGAGCUAUUGCUUUGUUCUCUCUCUUUCCCUCUUCCCCUCCCCUCUCCUGGGUCCUCCACGCACAGUCACUCACUCGUUUCCCUUCUUUCCACCCCUCCAGACCCUCCCUCCCCUCGUGACUGCUGGACGAGGUCGUCAAGAAGAGGGCAGCCCUGGCAGUCGCUCCGACUCAUCUUCUCCUCUCCCUCUUCCCCCUCCUCCACGUCCAACCCGUCUUUUUUCUUCCCCCCCCCUUCUUUCUCCACUUCAGUCCCUCCCCUCGUGGCUUGUGGACGAGGUCGUCAAGAAGAAGGCAGCCCUGGCAGCAGCAGCAGGAGCGGCAGACUCACCCGCGAAAGCCCCUUCCAAGGACAAAUGGUACAACGAUAGAGGCGCUCUCGCUGGUGUUGGUGCUGGCGGUGCUUCCGGUGGUGCUGGUGGUGGUGGUCGGCGAAGGGUUGUGGAGAGUGACGAUGAGGAGGACGAGGAGGAGGCGGAGGUGCAGAGGAGGAUGGCGAUGAACAACGAGAUGAAACGCGUGCUCACACAAGUGUUGCUCAAGCGAAGGACGUCAGGGGUGGGAAGGGGAGGGGAGUUGCAGACAUUGCCGUCAGGUGCUUUUAGGAUUGAUGAAGAAGUGUUCACACUCUCCCCUCGCCCCACACUUCCCCCCUCCCCUCACACUCUCCCCUCGCCCCACACUCCCCCCCUCCCCUCACAUUCUCCCCUCCGCCCCACAUUCUCCCAUCCGCCCCACCCCCUCCCCUCCGCCCCACAUUUUCCCAUCCGGUCCACACUCUCCGCCCUGCCCCAUGCUCUCCCCUCCGCCCCGACCCCUCCUACCUGCCAACAGGUGACUGACGACAUGGUGAGGCGGAUUGCCAAGGACUGUCUCAGGGAUCCCCGCGAGGAGGAGGACGAGGAGGAGGCGGAAGAGGAGGAGAAGGGGAAGAAUGUUAGUGGAGGGAAAUGGGUGAUAGUGGGUGAAGGGGAGGAGGAGGAGGAGGCUAAAGGGGCCGAGGGGGAGAAGGAUGGAAACAGGCGUAUGGAGGUGGAGGGGAAGGAAGAUGGGAAAGCAGGUGAAGAAUCAGGUGAAAAACCAGGUGGGGCAGGCGCGGUUGAGGAAAACAGGGGGGUUGUGGAAGGAGGGGCAGUUGAGUCUGGGAGGAAGGGGGUGGUUGAGACUAGUAAGGCAACGAAUGCUGAGAGGAAGACGAAGAGUAAGAGGAAGAAGAAACGGGCGGGAGGGGGAGGAGGGUUGUUGGGUGGAGGGCUGUUGGGCAUUGCGUAUGGUAGUGAUGAGGAUGAUGAGGAUGACGAUGAGGAGGAUGAGGAGGGGGAGGGAGAGGAGGAGGAGGACGAAGAGGAAGAGGAGAAGGAGGAGGAGGAGGAGAAGGAAGAGGAAGAGGAGGAGGAAAAGGAGAAGAAGGAGGAGAAUGAAGUGGUAAGGGAUGCAAAGGACAGAGGGGUUGAUGGUGGUGAAGGGGGUGGGAGUGCGGUGCAGAGGGAAGGAAUGGGGAGGGAGGAGCAAGUGAAGGAUGGUGCGUUGGAGGAGGGGAAGGAUGGGGAAGAAGGGGAUGAAGGGGCGAAGAUGGAGGGAAGGCAGGAGGGAAGGGGUGAUAGGAGCAUGGGACAGCAGGAGGGAGGGGAAGAGGUGCGCAAAAAGGGGGAUGAUGAGGGGGAGACGGGGAGGAAGAGGACCGGGGGCGGGGAUGACGGGGUAGGGAAGGGGAAAAAGGCGGAGAAAGGGCGUGGCCGGGCAAGGGGGGAGGAGGAGGGAGGGGAGGAGGAAAGCAGGAAGGGAAAGACGAGCAGGAGGAGUGAGGGGAAAGAUGAUAAGGAGAAGGAUGUGGAGAGUGAAGAGAGCGAGGGGAGGAAGAAAAAGAGGAGAGGGGAGCAUGAGAGGAAGGAGGGAAGUGAGAAGAGGCAUAGAGAAGAGAGAGAUGGGAAAGUGAAGAGGGGGGAUGAUGAAGAUGGGCCUGGGUCAGGGAGCAAGCAGAAGAGCCGAGAGGCACACGAUUCUCAGGAGAGGAAGAGGGCGAAGGAUGAGGAGGACAAAGAGAAGGAUAAAGAGAAGGAUAAAGAGAAGGAUAAAGAGAAGGAUAAGGAGAAGGAUAAAGAGAAGGAUAAAGAGAAGGAUAAAGAGAAGGAUAAAGAGAAGGAUAAAGAGAAGGAUGAUGGAAAAGAGAAGGAGAAGAGGAGUGCUAGGGGCGAGGAGAGGAGCAAAGAGAGGGAUGAGAGGAGGGGGAAGGAGAGGGAGAAGGAGAGGAGUGGUGAGAAGGGUGGGGAGAGGGAGAAGGACAGAGACAGGAGGGGGAAGGAGAGGAAGAGGGAUGGAGAUGAGGAGGGUAGUAGAGACGAAAGCAGGGAGGAGGGCAGCAAGAAGGAGAGGAAGGGAUCGCAAGUCGAGAAGGAGAAAGAGGAGAAGGAGGAGAGGGAGGAACGGAGGAGCAAGGAGAAGCGUGAGAGGAAAGACAAGUCCGAUGGCAGGAGCAAAGAGGAGAGCAAAGAGAAGAAAGGAGAAGUGAAUGCUAAUGCUGAUUCUGAUAGUGACGAGGACAGGAGUGGAGAGCGGGAGAGGGGAAGCAGGCACGGGCGAUCGGAGAAAAGAAAGGAGGCAGGAAGGAAGGGCAGGCAUCGGAGCAAGUCGCACUCCCCGUCCCCUCAACCUAGUGAUAGAGACGAGGAGGGAGAGGAUCAUGGGAGGCAUGGGAAGCGUGGGAGCAAGGACAAGGGGAGGGAGCGAGAGAGAGCAGAGAAGAGCAGCGAGAAGGAGAAGGAGAGCAGGAAGGGGAAGGAGGAGAGGCGGGAGAAGGGCAGCAAGAGGGACAAGGAGAAGAGGAAGGAGAAGGAGGGGGGCAAAGGAGAGGGCCAUGGGAAGCAGAGGAGGAGCAGGAGGAGUCGCAGUUGCUGCCCCUCCCUCCUCUCACCCUCUUGUCCCAACCCCCCUCUGGGCGGACCAGUGUGUCCCUCCUGUGCUGCCACUGCUUUCACGCAGAGCAGCGCGCGCUUCUCACCAGGCCAGCUCCCAUGCGCGGUGGCACUUUCUCAACACUUUUCCAGCCUAACAACCAACACCCCCCCAUGCGUGGUGGCCUGUGGUCGGACGGUGACUCUCACGCACGAGACGGUGACUCUCACGCACGAGACGGUGACUCUCACGCACGAGACGGUGACUCUCACGCACGAGACAGUGACUCUCACGCACGAGACGGUGACUCUCACGCACGAGACAGUGACUCUCACGCACGAGACGGUGACUCUCACGCACGAGACGGUGACUCUCACGCACGAGACGGUGACUCUCACGCACGAGACGGUGACUCUCACGCACGAGACGGUGACUCUCACGCACGAGACGGUGACUCUCACGCACGAGACGGUGACUCUCGCGCACGAGACGGUGACUCUCACGCACGCGUGUGUUGUACAGGAACACAUGCCUUAA